AUGGGCCAGAGGCAUAAUAGACGCCGCACUCGUCGUUCCAACCGCAUACCUAAUACCCUGCUCGCUCAACAUCCGACCUUGUCCGUCAAAUCAACCAUUCGGACACCCCAGAACAGCUUUUGCGCGCUUGUGUCUGCCGACAACUCCCCGGACACAUGCAUUCCACGGGGAUCUCCCACCCUCGCUCCACCAUGGCAAUAUGGGUAUACAGCGUGGCAGACCCGUGAGCGCCCCUCGCGGCUGGAAUCAGCUGGGCUGGAAGAAGCACAGUGUCGUUUGUUCGGUGGCGAGCCGGGCGACGAUGUGAGCCUCUGUUACCGGAUGCUUGAGUACUUCGGUGGACUCGACUACAUCAACUCAACGAGUGGCCGUGCCCUUGGAGAUUGA